AUGACGAAAUUGGAAAAUUUUUAUUUGAUGAACGUUUCUCUGUAUUUAAACACGAUGAACACUUUACAAAACUUUAUGCUGGUCAAUAAAAAGUGUCAAUCUUGCCUUACAUCUCUUUAUAUCAAUCCUUAUAUAGAUGUUUCUAAUGAAAUUCUUAAACUAAGUAUUAAAGAGCAAAACAUUUUGUAUUUAAAAAUUUUCAACUUUAUUGAAAAAACGUUCCCAAAAAUCAACACUCUUCAAUGCACUGAAUAUAUGCUGACUACUCCAACUUCUUUUUAUACAAAAAUAAAUAAAAUACGAAUAGUUAAAACGCCUCGACCAUUUGAAUACACUGGUAGUUUACACAGCCAACCUUUACAAUUAACCGUCGUUCCAAAAUUGGAAAAUAUGUUCCUUUUUGGAAACUCUUUUGGGAAUUAUUUACCGUCUCAAUUUGUUAAUUUAAGAAUUGUCCACCUUAACGCAUGGAGACGCAACAUUCCACUUAUAGUCGAUAUAAUUGACCUUCCACGCAUUGAAAAGAUCACGUUGUGGAAUUGUACAGACCCGAACUACCUCUAUAUGAUGUCACAGCUUUUGGACGGCAAAGACGAUUUACUUGUCUUGGAAUUGGUGUUCAAGAAUUCUGAAGUUUCUGACACUGAAAAAAACAAAUUAAAUUGCAGUCGAAUGAAAAAGUUGCAAACAAUCAAAAUAGCACUGUUUGUUGAAAAAUGUUUAUUAAGAGAGGUGAUGCGAGAGGAGUUUGAGAAGAUCAUUUCAAAGUUGCGAAGUCAAAAUGUUAAUGUGUUUGACUGUGGAGAGACAUACGUUGACAAGUGUUGUGUUCUUGAUGAUUCACGGUUUGUUGGUGAAGUGUCUGUCACAACACAAAGUGCUCUGAACAAUACCAAUUUCAAGUAUGACAGAUCUAUGCGACAUCAAUUUGACUAUAUACCGAAUAGAGGCAACUUUGGCAAAUGGAUGAAUAACACAAGAAGAAGCAAAGAAGUAAGAAGUAAAAGAUAUAAUUAUUGCAAUGAAAAAUUGAUUGAUAGAAACUUUUAUGUAAUUCGAAGAGAAUCAAAACGUGGUUUUAGGGGAAGAGGAAUGGAACGGUAUAAUGGAACACCAACACCCUUUUCUGAUGAUAUUUAUGACAAUGAAAAUUGGACUGAUAAUGACGUUGAAAAUGGUGAACAAAAUGAAGAUGCAAAUAAUAUUGAAAUUGAUAAAAAUGCUAAUUCAAUAAAAGACGAUGAUGAUGAAAGACAAGAAAAACUUGAAGAUAAAACUGUUGAAAAUGAUAUACAAAAUGAAGAAGAAAUUGAAGACGAGACAUCGACCACUGAACAAGUUAAGUCGCAAAAGGAUUUGAUUCGGAUACCACUGACUUCGCCUUUACUUCUUGUCGAUGAUUUAAUAAAUAGAAUGUGCGUGUUGAGUAAACAAAUAAAAGUAUUGAAUGUUGUGUCACUGUCUAACAUGAAUUUGUCUGAUUUCAAAUUGAUGACGUUGUGUAUUGAGAAGUGCCGAAAUUGCACAUUUUCAAACGUGGUAUUAAACCGUUUAUUAUGUACAAAAUGCACCAAAAUUACUUUUGAUAAAUUGCAAAUUAAAGACUCGAUAUAUCUUGAUACAUCAAAUAAAAUGUCUUUCUUUGAAUUUUCACAUUUUUGUUUUUUCAAAAUCCGCCAAAGCGAAGAUGUGAAAAUAUCAAAUUUGGUGUUACAAAAACUUCGCAUCUUUAACUGCAAAAGUGUAACAGUUGCACAGAGCGAAUACUCCAAUUUGAUAUGCAACCAAAGUUCUUCUAUUAUCUUUGAUAAUAGCAACAAAGAAUCAAAAGUUGCAAACGAAACCAUUUUUUCAAGCUUUGAAGAAAUUUCCAAUUCACAAAUUAAUGUGAUUUGGAGUGGUUCAGUCAAAAUUGUUAAGUCGAAAUUGUCACAAUUUGUGAAUUUUCCUAAAAACAACGAAACUGCUAUUUUGAUUCAAAUUGAUUUUCAAGAAAAGACUGGAGAUGAUACGAAACAAGUUUAUCCAAAUUAUAAUAUUCGUUUUGUGGCAGGAAAGGUAUCAAAAGUAAGUUAUUUUGACACUAGAUGCAUUCCAAAUUUGCCAGGAAUCAACUUGAACUUGUCAUAUACCAAUGAUUUCAAUGGAGAAAAUGUAUAUCUUGAGGAUGCAAAAAAUGUUUUUAUUAACAGUUACAAACCCCUCAAAUUGUUUUGCAAAAAUGUCGAAAAAGUUUAUUCAAUCUCAAUGAAUGUUGUUCACAAAGGAGUGGAUUUUGACUUGCAAAUUAUAUCUAAAAGUGACAAACAUUUGGGCAAACAGGACGAAACCACUGUAUCAAAUAGUCACAAAAAUUCUCGUGUUGUGUGUUUUGAACAUAUUGAAAUAAACAGUCUUAAUUUACUUGAAGUGUAUGGCAAUGUGAAAAAAUGUGAAGUGUGUAUGUUUUACAACACAAGUCCAUUUGACGAUGAUCAUAUUUAUCAUUACAAGAGAUAUAACAUGUCAAGUGUCGAUGUUUUACAUAUCAUCAUUUCGAACAGAGGUCAGCAAAUGGUUGAUUUGAAAAAAUGUAACUCCAAAAAGAUAAUUUUAGAGACAGAACACCCUUUCUUCGUCAAAGAAAUUGUGCUGAACAGAAACACCAAAUUCGUUGACACUGGAAAAAUUCUAUAUCGAAAAAUCAGUGGCGGUGAUCAAAACGUCGAAAUCAGAACAUCAGAGACAAAAUUUGCUGAAAGAGGAAAGGAAGUUUAUGUUGUCAAAAAGAAGAAGGAAAAGUUGUGUUGGAUGAAAUGCACAAAAAUUGUUUGUGAAAAUGAAGUUGAAGAAAUUGUUGUGAAGGGAUGUCGUGAACUUCAAGAAAUUGUUGUUGGUAGUAAUACAAAGAAAAUACACGUUCAGUCUUGUGAAAAUUUGAGAACUAUAAGUGGAGACACCAAAAAUGUAAAAAUCGUUGUGAGAAAUUGCAUCAAUUUUAUUGAAAAGUGA